AUGGGUGACAGCAUGGACAACCUCCAGAACCAAAGUCAGGGAUGGGCCGACGACGUGGGGAAGUUUGUGAACAAGCAGAAGAGGAACAUGGUCACGGGGGCGCUGAAGAGCAAGUUCUUCUAA